AUGAUCGUGACAGGGUUCUCCAACGCAGUACGCUGUUCCCUGCAGUACUUCGUGGACAACACAGACGCAGCUCAGCGCAUUACCCCCCUCUUUGAAAUAAAAUUGAUACUCAACAGCAAUGAAAUGACCUUUGACCCUUCACUGAAUUUGAGUCACGAUGGAACCUUCUAUGAUAUUGUGGACAAAAUGGUGACCAACAUUACAAGUAUGGGAUCCUUCAUACCCAGAGUGGCAAAACACAAGCAGAUGGAUAACUAUCAGUUUGACAUAGAUGAAAUGGAGGAUUUGUCAGAAAUGUGUCAUAUCAUCCUCUCACGGGCACGAGGCGCGGUUGCCAAGGUCAGGGAGUAUCAGGCAUCAUUUUCUAGCUACCGCUACCUUUGGACUGAUGACAGGUCUGAAUUUAUGAGGCAGUUUCUGCUUUAUGGCCACGUGUUAAGCACGGAGGAAGCCGAGCUGUAUGCUGACUAUGAACUGAAAAAGAGCCCGCCCACCUUAGAGAACUUUAAAGAUCAAAUUAAUCUUUUUGAGUCUCUGUAUGUUCGGGUGAGCAAAAUGGAGGACAGGACGGUGUUUUGUGGCUGGCUGCAGCUGGACAUCCGUCCCUUCAAGCACACACUCAUGAAUGUCAUCAAAAAGUGGAGCUGGAUGUUCAAAGAGCACCUUCUGAACCAUGUAAAUCAAAGUGUGAAGGAGCUGUCCCAUUUUCUGGAGAACACAGCUGGAGGUCUCUCUACAAAAGUAUCAGAUGGGGAUUAUGCAGGGUUGGUGAGCAUAAUGGGACACCUCAUGGCCAUCCGAGAUAGACAGCUCAGUAAUGAACAGCACUUCAAACCACUCAAGUCAACUGCAGAGCUACUCAAGUCCUAUGGUCAGCAACUUCCAGAAAGUGUCUACAUACAGCUGGAGGAGCUGCCUGAGAAGUGGAAAAGUGUCAGAAAAAUUGCCUUCACGGUCAAACACGAAGUUGCACCACUGCAGUCCAACGAAGUUUCAGUGAUACGCAGAAAAUGUGUUCGCUUUGAGGUGAAGCAGCAUGAGUUCAGAGAGCGAUUUCGUACUGAAUCGAUCUUCAAGAUCAAUGUGGAGGAACCAUAUGACCUUAUUGAUAAGUGUCAUCAGUCAGUUGCAGGGAUUGAGAUGGAAAUGAAGAACCUGCAGGACACAGCUGAUUUAUUUGAGGUCAGCUUCCCAGAGUACAAACAGCUGCGCCAGUGUCGCUCUGAUAUCAUACUUGUCAAAGCAGUCUGGGACAUGAUCAUUUUUGUAAAGACAAGUAUACAAGAGUGGACAAAAACGUCAUGGAAAGAGAUAAACGUUGAGCUGAUGGACAUGGAGCUCCGACGUUUCGCUAAAGAGAUGAAGAUGCUAGAUAAGGAAGUGCGUGCGUGGGACGUUUAUCUGGGUCUAGAAUCAACCGUGAAAAACCUGCUGACCUCUCUUAGAGCUGUCAACGAGCUGCAGAACUCUGCCAUCAGAGAUAGACACUGGCAGCAGCUUAUGAACACUACAGGAGUACAGUUUGUGAUGGGAGAGGGCACCACCUUGGGGGACCUGUUGGAAUUACAGCUACACCGUGUAGAGGAUGAAGUUAAAAACAUAGUGGACAAAGCUGUAAAAGAAAUGGGCAUUGAGAAGGUUCUGGCAGAGAUAACACAGACCUGGAGUGUUAUGUCGCUGUCAUAUGAGACUCAUAACAGCACUGGAACACCUUUGCUCAAAGCCGAUGAGAAUCUAAUCGAAACGUUGGAGGACAACCAGGUGCAACUCCAGAACAUCCUGAUGAGCAAAUAUGUGGAGUAUUUCCAGUCAGAAGUGAGUGGAUGGCAGAGGAAGUUAAUGGUGGCUGACCUAGUUAUCUCAACCUGGAUGUCUGUUCAGAGGACUUGGGCACACCUGAACAGCAUCUUCACCAACAGCGAUGACAUUCGCUGCCAGCUGGCCAACGUUGCAGAGCUCUUUCAAGGAAUUCACACUGACCUUCAGAGUUUGAUGAUUGAAGUGGUGCAGGACAGUAAUGUGGUGAAUGUAACCAACAAGCUUGGCUUCCUGGACAGCCUGGAAACCUUGCAGCAGAGGCUCUCUGUGUGUGAGAAGGCCCUAGCAGAGUAUUUGGAAACAAAGAGACUCACAUUCCCCAGAUUUUACUUCGUCUCAGCUUCAGAUUUGUUGGAGAUUGUGUCAAAGGGAACACAGCCCAAACAGGUGACCCGCCAUUUAUUGAAGUUGUUUGACAACAUAGCAGACCUUUGCUUCAAGGACUCAGACGAGGCCGGAGAAGAAGAUGAAGAUGAAGAUGGAGUGACAGUUGCUAUUGGGAUGUACAGCCGGGAGAGAGAAUAUGUUUUUUUUUCAGAGGCGUGUAUCUGUCAAGGACAGGCAGAGUGUUGGUUAAAUGCCCUGGAGAGCAGCAUGCGCUGUACAGUCAGGAAAGAAAUACAGGAGGCUGUUGGUGCCUAUGAGGACAAACCGCGAGAUCAGUGGCUUUUUGAUUAUCCUGCACAGGUAUCAUUAACUGGUAGUCAGGUGUGGUGGGCCACAGAUGUGGGUAUUGCCUUUGAGAGGGUGGAGGAAGGAUUUGAGACAGCUCUCAAAGACUACAACAAAAAACAGAUCACACAGCUCAACUCACUGAUCCACAUGUUGCUUGGGGAUUUAAGUCCUGGAGACAGACAAAAAAUAAUGACCAUCUGCACCAUUGAUGUUCACGCCCGAGAUGUGGUUGGCGGUCUCAUCACUCAAAAGGUGACGAACGGACAGGCAUUCGCAUGGCUGUCUCAGUUACGGCAUCGCUGGGAUGAAGAAACAGGACACUGUUGUGUCAACAUUUGUGACGCCCAGUUCCAGUUCAGCUAUGAGUACCUGGGAAACACAAACAGACUGGUUAUCACCCCACUUACUGAUAGGUGCUACAUAACCCUGACCCAGUCCCUCCACCUGACUAUGAGUGGUGCCCCAUCAGGCCCGGCUGGCACCGGUAAAACAGAGACAACUAAAGAUCUGGGACGCUCCCUUGGUAUCAUGGUGUAUGUGUUCAACUGUUCAGAGCAAAUGGACUAUAAGUCCAUAGGUAAUAUUUAUAAGGGUCUGGCUCAAACAGGAGUGUGGGGCUGCUUUGAUGAAUUCAACAGGAUCUCAGUGGAUGUCCUGUCUGUCGUAGCUGUGCAGGUCAAGACUAUUCAAGAUGCUGUGCGCAACAAAAAACAGAGGUUUCAGUUUCUGGGUGAGGAAAUCGAGCUGAAACCAACAGUGGGGAUCUUCAUCACUCUGAACCCGGGCUAUGCUGGAAGGGCAGAACUCCCAGAAAACCUUAAGGCUCUGUUCAGGCCCUGUGCAAUGGUGAUCCCAGACUUUGAACUGAUCUGUGAAAUCAUGCUGGUGGCUGAAGGGUUCAUUGAUGCGCGUCUGCUGGCACGCAAGUUCAUCAGUCUCUAUACUCUGUGCAAAGAGCUGUUGUCAAAACAGGAUCAUUAUGAUUGGGGUUUAAGAGCUAUAAAAUCAGUCCUGGUUGUAGCUGGGUCCCUGAAGCGUGAGGAACGUAACAGACCUGAAGAACAGGUGCUGAUGCGAGCUCUGAGGGACUUUAACUUGCCAAAGAUAGUGACAAGUGAUGUGCCCAUAUUCCUUGGGCUGAUCAGUGACUUGUUCCCUCAGUUGGAUGUGCCCAGGAAGAAAGAUCCCACUCUGGAAAACGCCGUUCGUCAGUCAGUCAGUGAACUGCGUCUCCAAGCUGAAGAAAAUUUUGUCCUUAAGGUGACUCAGUUGGAGGAGCUGCUUGCUGUCAGGCAUUCUGUAUUUGUCGUGGGUGGGCCUGGAACUGGAAAAAGUCAGAUCUUGAAGACCCUCCACAGGACAUAUUGUAUCAUGAAGAAGAAGUCAGUAUGGACUGAUAUCAACCCCAAAGCUGUAACCACAGAUGAGUUGUUUGGAUAUCUGCAUCCUGCUACCAGAGAGUGGAAAGAUGGUCUUUUCUCCAACACCAUGAGAGAGUUGACCUCAGUGACCCAAGAUGGACCAAAAUGGAUUGUUUUAGAUGGGGACAUUGACCCCAUGUGGAUCGAGUCACUCAACACAGUUAUGGAUGACAAUAAAGUUCUGACUCUUGCCAGUAAUGAACGGAUAAGUUUGUCUUCCUCCAUGCGUCUGCUCUUUGAGAUCUCCCAUCUGAGGGCGGCCACCCCAGCCACAGUGUCCAGGGCAGGAAUACUCUUCGUCAACCCACAAGAUCUUGGCUGGAGCUCGUAUGUGGCAAGUUGGAUAGAAACCCGACAGGCCCUAUCAGAGCGAGCCAACCUCACCAUUUUGUUUGAUAAGUAUGUGCCUUACUGCUUGGAGCAAGUCCGCUGUAACCUGAAAACCAUCACCCCCAUUCCAGAAAACAGCAUGGUUCAGACUCUCUGCUCCUUGCUGGACUGCCUGUUGACAGAGGACAACACUCCACCAGACUCCCCCCGAGAACUGUAUGAGAUCUACUUUGUCUUCGCCUGUGUCUGGGCCUUCGGAGGCGCUCUCUUUCAGGAUCAUCUGAAUGAUUACCGCACUGAGUUCAGCCGCUGGUGGUCUAAAGAGAUGAGAGCUGUAAAGUUUCCUUCUCAAGGCUCAGUCUUUGACUAUUACAUUGAUUCUGAGACGAAAAAGUUUACACCUUGGAGUGAGAAAAUGGUGCUAUUUGAGCUGGAACCUGAUGUCCCAUUGCAGACAGUGCUGGUUCACACCCCAGAAACCAUCUGUCUAACGUACUUCAUGGACUUGCUGCUACAAAAAGGAAAACCUGUCAUGUUGGUGGGCAACGCAGGCGUGGGCAAAACCAUCCUUGUGAGUGAUAAAGUCACCAAACUAAAAGAGGACUUCAUGGUGGCAAAAGUGCCCUUCAAUUAUUACACCACUUCAGCCAUGCUACAACGUGUUCUGGAGAAACCUUUGGAGAAAAAAGCUGGUCGUAAAUUUGCUCCUCCUACCGCUAAGAGGCUCAUCUACUUCAUAGAUGACCUCAACAUGCCCGAGGUGGAUGCCUAUGGGACUGUUCAACCACAUACACUCAUUCGCCAACAUCUUGACUAUAGUCACUGGUAUGACAGACAGAAGUUGGUCCUGAAGGAAAUACACAACUGCCAGUAUAUCACCUGUAUGAACCCUACAGCUGGAAGCUUCUCUAUCAACCCCAGAUUGCAGAGACAUUUUGCAGUGUUUGCAGUACAUUUCCCUGGUGCUGAUGCAUUGGCUACCAUCUUCUCCAGCAUCCUAUCAGCUCACUUCCUUCAAGGAGGAUUCAGCUUUGGAGUCUCUCGUUCAGUUGGAACCCUCAUUCAGGCAGCUAUCUGUCUUCAUCAAAAGAUUAGCCAGAACUUCCUCCCAACAGCCAUACGCUUCCAUUAUAUCUUCAACUUGAGAGACCUCUCCAAUAUAUUCCAGGGUAUCCUCUUUGCCCUGCCAGAAUGUAUCCGUUAUCCCAUGGACCUGGUCUAUCUGUGGCUCCAUGAGAGCUCCAGAGUCUACUCUGACAAGCUGAUGGAGGAGAAGGAUGUUGAACUCUUUAAUAAAAUAUUGCUGGACACUGGGAAAAGAUACUUUGAGGGAAUAGAUGACUCCAUGUUUAUCCAUCAGCCUUUGGUGUACUCUCACUUUUUCCAGGGAGUAGGAGAGCCACGUUAUCACCAGGCUUCCGACUGGGAGAAGCUCCAGAAGACACUGGCAGAUGCUUUGGAGCAUUACAACGAGCUUCAUGCCGUCAUGGACCUAGUACUGUUUGAAGAAGCAAUCCAACAUAUUUGUCGGAUCAGUCGCAUCCUGGAGGCCCCUUAUGGUAACGCCCUUCUGGUGGGGGUAGGAGGCAGCGGAAAGCAAAGUCUGUGUCGACUGGCUGCAUUUCUUAGCUCGCUGGAGGUCUUUCAGAUCACACUACGUAAAGGAUAUGGCAUCAAUGACCUGAAGAGCGAUAUAGCUGCCUUGUAUAUAAAAGUGGGAGUGAAAAACAUUGGAACGGUAUUCUUACAUACCGAUGCCCAGAUUCCAGAUGAACGCUUCCUGGUGCUCAUCAAUGAUAUGCUGGCCUCAGGAGACAUUCCUGACUUGUUCAACGAUGAGGAAGUAGAUAUGAUUGUAGCGUCGAUCCGCAUGGAGCUAAGGGGAUUAGGACUCACAGACAGCAGAGACAAUUGCUGGACCUUCUUUAUUGAGCGAAUAAGAAGACAGCUUAAGGUGGUCUUAUGUUUCUCACCAGUUGGAUUCACGUUGCGUACACGUGCGCGGAAGUUUCCGGCUCUGGUUAACUGCACUGCAAUCGACUGGUUUCACCCCUGGCCUCAACUUGCUCUGCAGUCCGUCAGUACUACCUUCAUAGAAAAGAUACCAGGACUGGAGCCUGAAAUAAGGGUCUCCAUUAGUGACUUCAUCUCCUACGCUCAUACGAGUGUCAAUGAGGUGAGUGUUAAGUAUCAGCAGAAUGAGAAGCACUUCAACUACACCACGCCGAAGAGUUUCCUCGAGUUCAUGAAGCUGUACGACAACCUGCUGCGGAAGAAACGCAGGGAGCUGUCCCAGAAAAUGGACAGGUUAGACAAUGGACUACAGAAACUCAAGAAUACUGCGUCACAGGUGGAGGAUCUCAAGGCGAAGUUAGCAGUGCAGGAAGUGGAGCUGUGGCAAAGGAACUCAGAUAUCGAAGCUCUGAUUGCCAAGAUAGGACAACAGACUGACAAGCUUAACCAAGAGAGAGCUGUGGCUGAUGCUGAGGAGCAGAAGGUGGAAGCAAUUCAAGCUAGUGUGACAAAGCAGCAACAGGAGACAGAGGACGACUUGGCCAAAGCAGAACCCGCUCUACAAGCCGCUAACACAGCUCUUAACACACUCAAUAGGUUGAAUCUGACAGAGCUCAGGACUUUUCCCAACCCUCCAGCUAUUGUCGCCAACGUCUCGGCAGCUGUUCUGGUCCUGCUGUCCCCUCAGGGCCGAAUCCCCAAAGAUCGCAGCUGGAAGGCCUCCAAGAUGGUUAUGAGCAAGAUUGAUGACUUUCUGCAGGCUUUGGUGAACUUUGACAAAGAGCACAUCCCUGAGUCCACAGUGAGGUGUGUAAGAGACGACUACCUCAAAGACCCAGAGUUCAACCCAGAGUUUGUGCGACAGAAGUCCUCAGCCGCUGCUGGCCUCUGUGCCUGGGUGAUCAACAUCAUCCACUUCCAUGAGAUCUUUGUAUCCUGUGAGGUGGAGAUGAAGAGGACGUGUCUUUCUCAGGCUAAUGCCGAUUUAGUAGAAGCUGCUGAGAAGCUAGAAGUCAUCAGGAAAAAACUUUCAGAGCUGGAUGGUAACUUGGAAACACUGACAACAGCUUUUGAGAAAGCCACAGCAGAGAAACUACGUUUUCAAGAAGAGGUCAACCGCACCAACAAGACAAUAGAGCUGGCAAAUAGGCUUGUCAAGGGGUUAGAGAGUGAGAAUGUGCGCUGGGCCCACUCAGUAGCUCAGUAUCACGAACAGGAGGAAACCCUCUGUGGGGAUGUCCUGCUAACUGCAGCUUUCAUCUCCUACGCCGGCUCUUUCUCUAAAAAGUACAGGCAGGAGUUGCUGGACAACCUCUGGAUGCCAUUCCUGCGCAGUCAGAAGGUACCCAUCCCAAUGGCUGGGGGCUUGGAUCCAGUGUUGAUGUUGACUGAUGAUGCAACAGUGGCCCAGUGGAACAAUGAAGGAUUACCAGGAGACAAAAUGUCCACCCAGAAUGCCACCAUUCUCAUCAAUUGUGAACGUUGGCCUCUUCUCAUUGAUCCUCAGCUGCAAGGUAUCAAGUGGAUCAAGAGUCGCUACGGCAACACUCUGAAGGUAGUCAGUCUAGGGCAGAGAGGGUAUGUAGAUGUUAUUGAGCAGGCUGUGGUGGCUGGUGACAUUGUGCUUAUUGAAAACCUGGAGGAAACUAUUGACCCAGUCAUCGACCCUCUACUGGGGCGACACACAAUAAAGAAGGGCAGCUGCAUAAAGGUGGGGGACAAAGAGUGUUUCUUCCACCCAGGGUUCAGACUGAUUCUUCACACGAAACUUGCCAACCCGCACUACAAACCAGAGAUCCAGGCCCAGACCACCCUCAUUAACUUUACAGUGACCAGAGAUGGACUGGAAGACCAGCUCCUGGCCCAGGUGGUGAACCAGGAGAGACCAGACCUCGAGCAACUGAAGAGUGAACUUACAUUACAACAGAACAUGUUUAAGAUCGAACUGAAGCUCCUGGAGGACGAGCUGCUGACCAGACUCUCUGCAGCAGAGAGUAACUUUCUUGGCGACAACGUGCUGGUGGAGAAACUCGAGACAACAAAACACACUGCUGCUGAGAUUGAAAUGAAAGUGCUGGAAGCUAAAGUUAACGAAGUAAAAAUAAAUGAAGCCAGAGAGCACUAUCGCCCUGUUGCCAUCAGAGCUUCUCUGCUCUACUUCAUCAUGAAUGACCUUAACAAGAUCAACCCCAUGUACCAGUUCAGCCUUAAGGCUUUCAACAUUGUUUUCCACAAGGCAGUGGAGAUGGCAGAGGCCUGUGAGGAUGUAAAGAGCAGAGUAAACACGCUCAUUGAGUGCGUUACGUACUCCACCUUCAACUAUAUCAGCAGGGGAUUGUUUGAGAGAGACAAGCUCACGUUUACAGCUCAGCUAACCUUCCAGCUGCUCCUGAUGAGCAAGGAGAUAGAUGUGCGAGAACUCGACUUCCUGCUACGCUUCAACAUUGACCACAACUAUGUCAGUCCCCUUGACUUCCUUUCCAACUCGGCAUGGAGCGCCAUCAAGGUCAUGAGUUUUACUGAUGAGUUUCGGGGUCUGGAUCGGGACAUUGAAGGUUCACCCAAGCGCUGGAAGAAGCUAGUUGAGUCGGAGUGUCCAGAGAAGGAGAAGUUUCCCCUGGAAUGGAAGGGGAAAAGUUCCCUUCAGAAACUGAUCAUGAUGAGAGCCCUGAGACCAGACCGGAUGACAUAUGCUCUUAGGAACUUUGUGGAGGAGAAGCUGGGGGUUAAGUACACUGAGGGUCGAAAGUCAGAAUUUGCUAAAUCGUUUAGAGAAAGUGGUCCUGCCUUUCCCGUGUUUUUCAUUCUCUCACCUGGAGUGGAUCCACUAAAAGACGUGGAAUCAUUGGGAAGAAAGCUGGGCUUCACUAUAGACCUGGGAAAGCUUCACAAUGUGUCUUUGGGUCAAGGACAAGAGAGUGUGGCUGAGGUUGCUAUGGAGAAGGCUGCCAUGGAGGGUCACUGGGUCAUACUGCAGAACAUCCACCUGGUUGCUCGCUGGCUGGGCAAGCUUGAGAAGCUUCUGGAGUGCUGCUGUGAGGACAGCCAUCCGGACUACCGAGUGUUUAUGAGCGCAGAGCCAACAUCUACUCCCCAAGAACACAUUAUACCACAGGGCAUUCUGGAAAAUGCCAUCAAGAUCACCAAUGAACCUCCUACAGGCAUGCAUGCCAAUUUCCAUGCAGCUUUGGAUAACUUUGACCAGGACAUUCUGGACCAGUGCAGCCGCGAGCAGGAGUUCAAGACCAUCCUUUUCUCUCUGUGCUACUUUCAUGCCUGUGUGGCAGAGAGGAGAAAGUUUGGACCACAGGGUUGGAACAGAAAAUAUCCAUUCAACACUGGAGACCUUACUAUAUCAGUUAAUGUUCUCUAUAACUACUUGGAGGCUAAUGCACAGGUUCCAUGGGAGGACCUGAGGUAUCUGUUUGGGGAGAUUAUGUAUGGAGGUCACAUCACUGAUGACUGGGACAGGCGACUCUGCAGGACUUACCUGGAAGAAUAUAUGCAGCCCAACCAGUUUGAUCGUAAACUGUCAUUGGCACCGGGUUUUGUUGUUCCCUCCAAUCUGGAUUAUCAGGGCUACCAUGAAUUCAUAGAUGAGAUGCUGCCCCACGAAAGCCCAGUUCAUUACGGAUUGCACCCAAAUGCAGAAAUCGAGUUUCUCACCGUGACGUCGGAUAAUCUUUUUCACACUCUGCUGGAACUGCAAUCUCCCGAUGCUGUGAUGGGAGAGGGAGCUUCACAGACGCUGGAGGAAAAGGUGAAAACUAUUUUAGAUGAAAUUCUGGAGAAGCUGCCAGAGGAAUACAAUAUGUCGGACAUAACAUCCAAAACGGCUGAGCGGUCGCCGUACAUCCUAGUCUGCUUCCAGGAAUGUGAGCGUAUGAACAUGCUCAUUUUUGAGAUCCGCCGCUCACUGAAGGAGCUCGACCUCGGACUCAAAGGUGAACUGGCCAUAUCCUCUGAGAUGGAGAAGCUGCAGACAACCUUGUUCUUUGACAGCGUCCCUGAUACUUGGACCAAACUGGCCUACCCUUCCACCUACGGCUUGGCUGUAUGGUACAACGAUGUGAUGCAGCGUUGUAAAGAGCUGGACAGCUGGACUCAGGACCUGUCUCUCCCCAGUGUGGUCUGGCUGGCUGGACUGUUCAACCCGCAGUCCUUCCUAACCGCUGUGAUGCAGUCUCUGGCACGUAAAAACGAAUGGCCUCUGGAUAAAGUGAACCUUACCGUAGAUGUAACGAAGAAAUAUAAGGAAGAAUUCAACCAGCCUGCCAGAGAGGGUGCAUAUGUGUAUGGAUUGUACAUGGAAGGUGCCAGGUGGGACACCCAGACUGGAGUGAUAGCUGAGGCUCGCCUGAAAGAGCUGACUCCAGCCAUGCCUGUGAUCUCAGUCCGAGCAGUGCCCAACGACCGUCAGGAGACCAGAAACAUCUAUGAAUGUCCACUUUACAAGACCAAGAUCAGAGGACCGACAUAUGUGUGGACUUUUAGUCUGAAAACCAGGGAGCGCCCAGCCAAGUGGGUGCUGGCCGGAGUGGCCCUGCUGCUCAGUGUCUGAAUAGCUUGAGCU